AUGGCCUACUUCCAUGCCGUGGAUCGAGGUAUUCUUCAGAGGCUGGAGCUCAGAACGAAGUUCCUCCUCUCGAUGAUCGAGACCUCCUUCAUGUCGGUCACCGUGGAGGACGAGGAAGGCCACGUGGUGGGCUUUGCAGUCUUAGAUGACACUCCGCUCCAAUUGAGCGCCACGGAAGAUGCGGGCACCGACUGGGAGGAGUGGUUUCAGGAGACUUUUCAAAAUCUACAGAUUGAUAGCACCAACUCCUUGUGGUUCUCGACCUGUCUGAUGGAAGGGGACAAUACCAUCAUGGCAGAGAUCCUGCGGACGACCUUCAGCACGAUGCCAGAGCUGCAGAAUGUCUUGGUCUUUGUGCCAGCCAGCAUCGACGAGGAUGGUGCCAUGAAGAUCCUGCAACCCUUCCAGUCACACUUCGGCCAACUGGAGGCUCCGCUCGGGUCGGCGGGAACGCCCACCGCGCUGCCGUUGCCGCCGCCGCGCGCGCCGCCGGCGCCGCCACUGGCGGUGCCACCCCCACUGCCGCCACCUGUCGGUGGUGGUGGAGCAGGAGCUUGGUUGGCGCCACCAGCGUUGCCGCCACCACCACCGCAGAAUACUUUGAGGCCACAGACCUUGCAGACUGAGGAGACUCGUCAACCCAGUCUUGUUUUUGUGGCUCCGAUGCACUUGUUCCGCGUCUUGGACGUCAAGGGUCGUGGCUUCUUGUGGCCCAAAGACUUGGCUCGCUUGGCCUGGGCGAUGGAGCCGAACCUGGGCUUCCAGGACAAGCAGAGCCGACAGAGCGGUGGCAUGCGCCAUGAGUUAUCGGCCUUCUGGCGGCUGCUGGGCGGUGAGGGUGACCGUUUGCGCCCGCGCCCCUUCUGCCGCGCCCUACAGGUCGCGGUGAGCCCCACGAGUCCGACGUCGAAGCCGUCCAAGCCGACCUGGCGCCAAAUCGGGCGAAGCUACGCGGCACAGCCCUCGCGAGCGCUGAGCUUUGCCCCCACGGCGGUCUCUGCGCAACAGGCGCUGGAGGCCUUUGUACAGAAGUGGAAGCCCAAGUCGAAGCUCGCGGCGAAAGCCGGUGCACCUCCCGGUGCACCACCGAGUGCGCCGCCCGCACCCGGCGCGCCGCCCAUGGCCGCUUCGGCGGCUCCGGGAGUUAAGGCCACGCCUAAGGCGUCGCUGAAAGGAUCUGCCAGCUACAGCAGCGAAGACUUUGAAGAGGAUCGCUACAGUGAAGGCACACGUUACACAGACAGUUCGAGUGGCAAAGGCUCCAAGUGA